UCUGCUUUUUAAUAUGUUGUCCAGGUUGGUCAUAACUUUCCUUCCAAGGAGUAAGCGUCUUUUAAUUUCAUGGCUGCAAUCACCAUCUGCAGUGAUUUUGGAGCCCCACCCAAAAAAUAAACUCUUGCCACUGUUCCUACUGUUUCCCCGUCCAUUUCCCAGGACGUGAUGGGACCAGAUGCCAUAGUGACAUACAAAAAAGGAAAUGCUACAAAAUGAUCCAGUAAUAACCUCCCUCCACAUUUCCCAAGUAAACUAUUAGCUUGGGGGGGGUGUGUGUGUGUGUUUAGUCAUGUUCGACUCUUAGCGACCCUGUGGACUGUAACCUCUCAGGCUUCUCUGUUCCUGGGAUCUUCCCAGGCAAGAAUACUGGAGUGGGUUGCCAUUUCCUUCUCCAGGGGAUCUUUCCAGUCCAGAGAUCAAACCCAUGUCUCCUGUGUUGGCAGGCAGAUUCUUUACCACUGAGCCACCAGGGAAGCCCAGCUCUUUAGAAAGUCCCUCUUUAAAUCCUAUCUCCUCAAAUCUCCACUUAACCUCACUUUUCUCAUUUGAAAUGUGAAAAUAACUGUUCUCCAUCCCGUGGAUUGUUGGAAAUGCACUAUACACUAAGAGGUAACCACAUGUGGCUACUUAAAUUUAAUUAAAGUUGAAUAAAAUGUAAAAUUCACUUCCUCAGCCACACUCGCCACAUUUCAAGUGACUAGUGGCUUCCACGUUGGAAACAGCAGAUAUAUCAUUACCGAAAGUUCUAUUGAACAGUGCUGUGUCAGCGCUAGGACUGGUCAAAGACCAGAGAAAGUGAUAUGAUUGAACUGAAAACUCAGGCCUUUGCCUGGUUGGUUUUGAGUGAGAAGGUUCAGUGGGUGGGUGGGAAGCAAGCUGACCUUCAGAACAGUGACAUCACAAAGAACAGCUCACAGUGGCUCUGGAACACCUGGACUCCCAGACCACUCUUCCUAACUCAUAUCUAGGUUCCUGAAGCCUCUGCACAUGUCGUUCCUGGAGCUGCUGGUAUAUUAAAAUGUCAUCUUCAUCUUCUAUCUGGGACACCAUCAUAGAUUAUCUCUCUCUGAGCACGAUAUGGAAUUAUCUACAAGCAACUCUUCUGGGAGAGACUAGUGCGCCUCAGCAAACAAAUUUGGGGCCACUAGAUAACCUUGCUCCGGCUGUGCAAGUUAUCCUGGGAAUUUCCUUUUUGAUUUUGUUGGGAGUGGGAAUGUAUGCCUUAUGGAAACGAAGUGUUCAGUCAAUUCAGAAAAUACUGUUGUUUGCAAUCACACUCUACAAACUUUACAAGAAAGGCUCAGAUUUUUUUCAGGCUUUGCUGGUCAACCCAGAAGGGAGUGAUCUCACACUUCAAGACAAUAAUAUUUUCCUGUCUUUGGGUCUGCAAGAGAAGAUUCUGAAAAAGCUUCAGACAGUGGAAAACAAAGUGAAGGACUUGGAAGGGAUGAUCAUUUCCCAAAAACCUGCCACAAAGAGGGAUUACUCCUCUGAGCACUACUGCAGCUGCUCCGACUGCCAGAGUCCCUUGCCUACAUCAGGGUUUACAUCCACGUCUGAAAUGUGAUGGGCUCCCGCUGUUUCUAGAAAAGCGCUGUUUUCCUCAUGUGUGCGGCGGUGUAUCAAUAAAGACAGAGAACUAUAUUGAAA